AUGUGGCUGCGGGUGUCGUGGUUGUUGUUACUGUUGAUAUACGACGCCUGCGCUGGUCGAUGUAAACACGUGGGCCAGAGAUUCGUCCAGAAUUUUAUUCAAUUCCAAUGCGCCGAAGGAGAUUUGGAUGGGGAAUUGCAAAUCAAACCAAUCGGUAAUAUUAUUUUUGAUCAAAUCCAUCGCUCAUGAUGGCAUAAGUGUCAGAAGAUGACUUGGAAUGAUGUUGCAGGUUGUGUUCCAUCGAAUUCCGGGAAUGGGUCAGCAAUUCCCUUAGGGCUGACGUACAAGGGCAAGCAUUUUAGAUACGAAUGCGUCAAAGAAGAGCUCAGUGAUAAGGUCCAAUUGAAGAUUACUCGUAGGUUUAUGUUACAACAGACACCUCUCAUCUCCAAAUAAGGGCUUUACCCACACACUUGCAGACUGCGUUGACAACAAAGGAUCAAUUGUCGCGAUCGGAGAGCGGUUUACUGUAACAAAUCAGAAUGGAGAACACGAGAGCAUGGAGUGCGUGGGAGACGCCCAGAAGGUCAAGAAAGUUGUAUUCAAAUGUACGUUCACAUUUUAUGACUAUGAAAACGCAGUGAAUUGUCAGUUCAACGAACUCUUGUGCAACGAAAUUCGUCUAUGAAAAGCAGUUUCAGGUGUCGAAAAAAUGAAAUCUAGGCCAAAAUGAACCUCGCUACAACGGAACCUUUCUAUAACAAUUUUUUCGGGCCUUUUCACUUCGUUGUACAAGGGUUUUACCGGAUAAUUCAUCAAAACUUGGCAGCCAUUAAAAAUAUGAUGACUUUUAAGGGCGAAGAUGUAAACUGCCAAACGGAUCAGAACUUACGGAAGGCAACUUUAUCACCAAAAAAGUGCCUGCAGAAAGUCUCAGAACCGAACUUCAAACCGAAGAAAUCAUGUCUUGUCAACGGCAGGGAGCUGUGGUAGACCUGCUGUGCACUGGUAAGGACUUUUAUCGUAUGGAAUGAUGACAGGUGUAUGUCAUCAUUCCGUGCCUGUCGAAUCUGAUUUGGUUUGUUCCUAACCUAUCAACCAGUUAGCCAAAGAGUUGGAUUUGAUUGUACAUCUUAUCAUCACAGCUUUCUUUGGCCUAAAUCCCUUGAUCUUUCCCAUUUGUAUGUCGCUUAAUUAAAGCCCAUUUUUUGCUUGCCAUUUUUGGGUCAGUAUCAGAUUAAUGGGGGAAGGAAUGAAACGCCUUGUCGCUGCAGGAAAGAGCGUGCUGUCGCCAGAAACGUGGGCAUCGCAACGAAAAAUGAAACUUUUUUCCGCAGUUUCCUUGCGCUGGCUGCUGCGAAAAGUGUUUCAGUUUCGGACUGUUACAACUCUAUAUCGUAUGUAAAUAUAGUACUAUGUAUGUACAUGUUUGGACACGCGAGCCGAGAGAUCUCUUCGGGAAAGAACCGGGUCCUCUUACUUAUUUUUAUGUUGGUCUAUCUAUUCGGCUUACGAGUUCUCGUCCAUUUUGUUUCUCUGUUUUAGGUUGCGUCGCUCUGGACGGCAUUCAUGUCGGCGUUGCUUCGUACUCGAACAUCCGCGGGCAAUGGGUCCAAUGUCGCCGAGUUCUUGAUGGAUGCAGACUUGUCAAUGUGACUGAUGAUUGUAAGCGCAAUUCGUAAAACUUUAUUUGGUUGCAGACAUCAAUUGCCAAUACAAUGGCCAGACAUAUCAGAAUGGAGAGACGUUCGAGAGUCGAUCCGGGAAAGCGAGAUAUGUCUGCGAUCAUGGAGCGGUUAUCAAACUUGGUAUGUUGCAAAAAAAGUAAUCUUUAUUUUUGUAUCGCAGGGUGUUUAAUUGAGAAUACAGUAGUCGCCGUGGGCAAUGUUCAUUACGUCGAUGGUGAGCCUUUACUUUGUCGGCAAGUGGACGCACCAAUGAAGUUUACACUGCGUAUGUUUACUUUAUAGUUACUGUUUUUGUAUGGUUAACUUUUUUGUCAAGCAUUAAUUUAGGUGGAUGUGAGAUUUCCUCGACUUUCACCCGGAAAUUUAUGGAGACUUGGAGAGACGGGAACGUUAUGAAGCGAUGCGGCUACACAAUUGAUGGGAAUACUGUAAUCCCAGAGGUCGUGGAAUACGGUAGGUUGUACAAAACACUCUCUGACUUCUUUUAAGCGUGUUGGCAUGAGAAGGAAGAAGUUGCGUUGAAUAAUAUUAUUCAAGGAGUGCAAGGGAUCUUCAAGAAAUGCGUUAAAACAGAUUCGGGAGCCUUGGUGAUGCAGGAGUUGAGUAGCAGGGACACUGAAGCCUAUUUGAAGCGAAAUGUAAUCAAAAUUAAGCUUAAUGCAAUUAUUGUUUUAGUCAUCACGUCUGGAUCUUGUGGAAUACACGGGCGUUGGAGGGAAAGGAAUCCUCCAACAUGAAGUUCACGAUGACGACAGUAAGUUAUACGAAAUUCAUGUUAAUUUUGUGAUUCGAUGCACCAUCACACCACUGAAAUUUAGAGUUUUGAUCGCACGUACACCUUUCCGACACGAACGCCGAUUUCAUUUCCAUCUCACACAACCACAUAACUUAUGAAUGCCUUUUAUAUUGUAGUUUGCAAUAUUGCACUAUCUCGUCGUACCAUUUGCCAUGAACCAUUCACUUGCCAUUGCAAAUAAACUUGAUGCAUUAUAAUUCAGGUUGUCGAGACUACCUACCUUACUGCAGAAGGCUGUCCAAUUACUGCUCCGAUGGAGAGGCAGAUGCCGGCCUCACCAUUGAGGCCUACGAAGAGUACGGUAAGGUCCAAAAACUCUUCGAAGAGUUGUCUGGAGCCAAGAGAGGACCAUUGAAACCUAUAGGAUGCGAGAGUACGUAACUUUGUGUUUCAUACAAUUCAAAAAAAAUAUUAUUGAAAGGUCAAAAUAUUAAAAUUUCAGCUCAAUUAGCGCCAUUCCGGAAGGUCCAAGUGAUAGUGGAGAUGGCUUGUCAGAGGACUUGUCGGCGAUGCAUUUCUGGUAAGUGAAAUUGAUCGAUAUUCUAUGGGCACUUCCAGAACAAAGUACAGCCGCGUUGGUGGACAACUUGGAAAAUACGAGUCAUUGUGGGAAGAAAUGA